UGCUUCCGAUCUCUUGGGUUGUGUGGAUAUUUCAAGAAUAAGUUAUUUGAACUGACUUUCAGUUGUUUGUUUCGACGAGAGAGAUAUCAUUCAAAUCUUGUCGUGUAAGAAACGAGAAUUGAAGCAUGUCUAACGGAGGCGCGAGACAUUUCCCGCGGGACAAGACUUCAAAGUCGAAGGGAAAAUCAACUGGAUUUCAAACAAAAUGCUUCAGCGACAAAAAUCCUGCCGACAGCAAGUUUUUGUACUUCAAGUCAAGAGUCUGUAUUCCUGAAACUGGAUGGAAUGCCCUAUAUGUGCACCGAAGAAGAUAUAAAACAGUUCCUUGAGGGAGUUGAUGUGAGCAAAGUAAAAUAUGAGACAGUUAAAAAUAGAUUCUCAGUGUACGUUCAAGUUCCAGAAUACAGUGUUGAAAAAGCUCUUUUAAAAAGUGGGAACUAUAUUGGUGAACGAUAUGUUCUUGUGGAGCGAUGUUCUGAAAGGGACCUGCAUUGUCUUCAGAGACAAGAUGAAAUUGAAGCUGAAUGUGGCGAGCUGAUGUACCUGAAGCUGUGUGGUCUUCCCUUUUCAGUGACUAAAGAUGAUAUUAGAAAUUUCCUUCAAGGUAUUGAAGUGGACAGUAUAAUAUUAGAUGAAGAACAAGGACGCUUCAUGGGGAAUGCUUUCAUAAAGGUACCGAAGGACGAGGUUAAAAAUGUUCUUUCAAGAAAUAAAAAGCAUAUUGGUGAACGAUAUGUCAUUGUGAUGCGUUGUUCAUUUUUUGAGAUGGAUAAACUUCAUAGAAGUCAUUUUGGUCAAUCUGAGCAUGGAGACGUUCCGGAGGGUAUGACGUACGUUACUCUCAAAGGAAUUCCAUAUAAAGCUGGUCUUAAUGAUAUCAAAGACUUCAUCGGUGUGCCUACAACUGAAGUUCUAUUGGGCUAUGGAAUAGAUAGUCGACCUAGUGGGAUUGCCUAUUGCUUGAUCAACGUUGAAGAUUUACCAGCAACAUUGGAAAAAAAUAAUAAAUAUAUGAACGAAAGAUAUAUUCGUGUGUACCAGACUAGCCAAUCAGAACAAGACGUCCAGCUCAGAUAUACCCAGAACUUGAAUUGACGACAAGACAGGGAUAUGAUCAAAUAAUUUCUAAGAGCAUUUUUAGAUGGAUGACAACAUAUAAAUCCUUGGCAUGGCGACGAGACGGCUGUCCACUGAUGCUGAAUAAGCAGAGAAAGGACGGUGGACUUGGUCUACAGACGAUGUCUCAUUCCUGUUAUCACUAAAGACACCAACAUCAUGGCUAUUUAUAUUUUGCAUAGCAAGUGAUAAAAUUUUAAAAUUUUAGUGACAUGUAUGUUUGUGUGUGUGAUUAAUCUAUGCUAUAUGAGCACGACAGAGAGUAAAAGGUCAUUCAGAUAGAAAAAUUCAAAAUAUAGUCAUUAAAAAAUUGACCAAUCAACUUUGUAUGGAGUACAUGUUGACAAUAUUGCAGGCCUUUAUAUGUGUAGCUGGUGGCGGCAGUCAUGAUAAAUAUUUCAACAUUAAUUUGAAAAAAAACCAGCAUCUUCAUGUGACAAUUGUGUUUGAUCACAUUGGAUUUGUUUUUACAGAACCUAAAGUUCCCUUACAGAAUGAGGUUUAUAAAUCCGAAACAACAGUUGUUUAGCCUUUGUAGAAAAACAUGAAACAUAUUUGAAAAAUAGCUUGGUCUUUCUACUUUUAAAAAAAAAUAAGAAGUUUUCCUGGGAAUGGAUGUGAGAAUAUUGUGUGUUACACAAAUUGCCCACUACAGAAGAUAUGAUGCUUUUAUCUUCAUACGGGUCGCUGAGAUACUUCAUUAGAUGUGGAUAGAGGAAUGUUUUAUGAUAAAUAUAUUUUUUGUAAUAUAUUUGUGUUUUUCCUCUUAUUGACUCGGUGAGGUAAGACAAGUACAAAAGAUUUGUAGAUGUAGUUAAACACAUACAGUAGUCAACCUAAUAAACACACUGUACAAUACACAACAGGGAUGAGCUUAUUAAAGCCAUGUAAGGAAAACAUUUCUACUGGAAAUCAGUGCGUAAAAAAAUAUGCACAUCUUUGUGUAGUGAAAGCAAUCCAGUCUUUGGUUAAAAGAUAAUGUUGGCAGAUCAGUGAAGUAAGGAACAUUUUAUAUGUUUUCAAUUAGUGCACCCAACCUCUUUUCUGAAAAAGGGCAGAGGUGAGCUUAUAGGUACAGGUGUGCUUAUUAGGUCGAAUAUGGCAGUUAUAGGGAAAUUUACUGUAUAUGAGGUGGAUGACGGUAUAAAGUGAUUAAUACAGGUAUUACUAGUAAGUUGUAUUGUUUGUUUUGAAAUAAAUAAUAUUGAAAUGUA